UUAUUCAGCGGAAAUCAGACGACGAGGAGGCUCUGUUAGCACUGUACUCUUUGCUGGUGUUGCAUACACUCUUUAUUAAGAGCUACUGGCUGUAAUUCAUUAUGGGUUCUCAAAACUCAAAGACACAAAAUGCCGGAAAGGUGUAUUCGAUUAACUGCGAGACCGACGCAGUAAUUGCUAUCGAUAUUGAUGAUAAGAAUGAAGUUCCCGAAAAAGAGGCGAUAGAUGACAAGUAUGUUGUGGAGCUUGUGGAUGAAAAACCUGAAAAAGACUCCAACUCAAUGAUUUCAAUAGUGGAGAUACACGAAGGUGAGAUCCCAGAGUUAGAGAUCGACGAGGAAGACCAAGCCUUGAUGGCGAAAAAGGACAGCGAAGACGCGAUCAUGAAUCUAAGACUUGACUCGAGGGAGCUUCGCUUGCUUAACUGGUUCAUCAUGCUCGCAGUGCAGCGAAUACCACGAAGCGCGGCGAAGCAAUUCAAGCUUUUCCUGCGCGGGUUGCAAUACCUUGUUUUGGUUGCCAUGUUCACGUAUUUCCUCUAUAAUUUAGGGGUGUUUAAGACCAAAACACUCGAGGACGAGGAAUGGGGGUUGACAAUUACCUCGUUGAAGAAUGUCCUAUGGAAUCUCCGAUACCCGCUUUUCUACCUCGUGGGGACGGUGUACUUUAGGAAGAGGCACAUCGAGCGAGUGCUUGGCCAGAUACGACUCACAAGGCGCUACUGGAACCACAUCCGAAACAAGCUUCUAAAGCACUGCAUUUAUAUAGUCCUCUUCACUGUCGUGUUCCCGGUCGCACUACGGGCCUGUGAGAUGAAUAUCCCCACGAUGACCGAAAAGACAUUCGAGACAAGGACCGUGGUAAUCAGCACGGUGCUGGCGGUGCUCAACCGCUUACUAAGUCUAUCGGUGGUCUUCGCGCUGCUCUUGGUCUUGUACUUGCUGUACGCGCAAGCACGCUCCUACAAGGAGAAUAUCCAGAAGUGGCCGGACACAGACGUGGCAAGAGCUAGGGAUGAGUUCAUCGACAUCAUCGCGAUGAUAGACGACUUCCAGAAAGCGUUCCAAGCGCUACUUGUGUUCUAUCUCGGGUACAUGGUGGUAAUUUUUGUGCCCGGCAUCAUCUCAUGGGUGGAGAUGUGGGGUGCUACUAAAUACACCCACAUCUACUUCACCACGCCCGCCUCGUCCAUCAUCAGUGGGGGAGACAACCUAUCCGCGGGCUUGGGGAAGUGGAUCUCGUUGAUGAACAUGACUCAGCACCAGAAAGGUGGUCUACCAGUCAUCCUAGCCUUGCCACAGAUGCCUUUCCUAGGCCAGCCAAGCUCACACCGCAAGGUACAACAAGUCGAGGUUGGCCAUGAGCACAAGGAUGUCGUGAUUGACUAUUACAAAGAGAUCAAAGUUGUUUUGGCAGCCAUCAUCUUCUCCAUGGAGCUACUUGCUCUAUACAGCCCCCUCAUAAUAAUUGGGAAAACCAACAACUGCAUCCACUCCCUGAAGGAGACCAUCUCACGCCUGAAGUUCGAAGAGCAAAGGAAGGGGCAGUUCAUGUUCACGUCUAGAAGAGCUAAGAACGAGAUGUUGGAAGACAUAUCCAUAUUCACAGGUAUCAAACUGUUAGGCAUGGAGCUCACCACUCUCAAGACAGUGAUGAUCACACUGGCCAUGCCCUUUCUCACCAUGGUCUUCCAUGUCAUGUUCAAGCAUGUCGACUUGACAGCAUAGAGGGGCAUGGUCUUCCAUGUCAUGUUCAAACAUGUCGAAUUGAACGCUAUAUUUGUAUAUAUUGUAAUAUAUGUAGCUAUCUCUUCUAAAUGGUGUCAAUAAAGUAUUUUUGUUAAAA